AUGGCGGUGCCCAAGACUGAACUAUACAGGUUGACUGCCAUUCAGGCGGCAGACUUGAUACGCUCCAACCAACUCUCUGUUGAGGACUAUGCAAGAGCAUUGCUCGAGCGCGUUCGUGAGCGAGACCCGCAAGUUAGAGCCUGGGUGUUCCUGGACGAAAAUGCCGUAUUGGAACAAGCUCGGAAGUUGGACAAGAUGCCGGUAGAGAAACGAGGGCCACUGCAUGGGAUUCCCGUUGGCAUCAAGGACAUUUUCCUCACUCGAGACAUGCCAACCAAGUAUUACUCACGUCUACAUGCGCAGGAUGGAAACGCCGCCGCAGACUCAGCUUGCGUUAGCGUUCUUCGCGCAGCAGGUGCCAUUAUUUUCGGCAAGACGGCUACAACAGAGUUUGCUUCCAUGACAGAGGGCGGCCCAUGCACUAACCCGCAUAAUUGCAAGCAUACGCCUGGUGGUUCGUCGUCGGGCUCGGCUGCAGCCGUCGCAGACUUUCAGGUUCCGCUCGCUAUUGGUACUCAGACUGGAGGCAGUAUCGUUCGGCCGGGUUCGUUUAACGGCGUUUACGGCUUCAAAGCGACAUGGGGUACGAUUUCGACCGAAGGAGUGGGCAGAUUCUCUGUAUCUGCUGAUACGCCGGGUUUCUACGCACGGAGCGUCGACGAUAUCAGGUUCCUGGCGCAUGUAUUCCGCCUAGACGCACUGAUCACUGAACCACUUAGGCCGUUAUCAGUCAGCGGUGCCAAAAUUGCAUUCAUCAAGACUCAUGUUUGGCCCAAGGCCGAGUCAGGCACACACGCGGCAUGGAAUCUGGCGCACAGGCUGCUAACUGAGAGGGGAGCUCUCGUCCAAGACGUUGAGCUUCCCUCAGAUUUUGGAAAUUGCUCCGAGUGGAGAGAAAUCGUUGUUGCUGAGGAAGCUCGCGCCGCAUUCUUGCCAAAGUACCGCGAGGACAAGACCAAGCUGCACACAGAUAUCGUCACCCUCGUAGAAUCAGCCAAGCUACCCACCCGCAAAGAAGUGCUCGAAGCCCAUGACGGCAUUGCCCGCCUACGAUCAGAAUGGGAUCAAAUCGCCAGCCAAUACGACAUAAUCAUUACCCCUAGCGCUGUUGACGAAGCACCGGAGGGCCUCGAGAGCACAGGCACCGCCGUAUUCUGUUCAAUGUGGACCAUUCUCCACGCACCUGCCAUCAAUGUCCCAGGAUUCAUCGGCCAGUGUGGACUCCCAAUUGGUCUUCAGGUAGUCGGUGCCAGAUACAUGGACAUGGAAGUUUUGCGAGCAGGAAAGAUUGUCGGUGAAGUAUUCAACAAACUUUAA